AUUCACUCUGCCUACACAACUCCCCAGCUUUCCCAAUUGAUUCCCUAGUUCCCCCUUUUCACAUCAUCAUGUCUUCUCAGCUUUACUUCCCCCGCAUCUACUCUCUCACCUCUGUCGACCAUACUCGGUCCGUCUAUGACGAGUGGGCAAAGACGUACAACGAAGAACUCAACCAGAAGAACCAAGACUACAUCGCCCCAGCAACAGCAGCCGCCAUCGUCCCUCAAGCCUUAGGGACCGCCUCCAUCGACAAGGACAUUGAGAUCCUAGACGCCGGCUGUGGCACCGGUCUCGUCGGAUCCUUCCUCGCCCGUCUCGGUGCGAAGAAGGUCGACGGGGUCGACCUCAGCCCCGGGAUGCUCGAGGAAGCCCGGCUCACCGAGGCCUACCGCAACCUGGACGUGACAGACCUCUCGCGGCCUCUCUCCGCCCGAGAUGAUUCCUAUGACGUCGUGACCUGUGUUGGCACCUUGACGCAGUCCCAUGUCGGACCCGAGGCCAUCAGUGAAUUCGUGCGUGUCGUGAGACCAGGCGGCCACAUCGUCGCCACCGUCAUCUCCGAGAUCUGGGAGAGCGGCGGAUACGAGAGCCAUGUGAAGAAGCUCGCCGACCAGGACAAGGUCAAGGUCUUGUCCACCGAGGUCCGAGAUUACCGGAGAGGAGCAGGAGCCAAGGCCCGGUACUUGGUGUUGCAAGUUGUCUGAUGAUGGUGAUGAUAUGACAAUGAGUGAUGAUGAUAUCGCGUGUGUGUGCGUGUGUGUGUGUGGCCCCUUUCAACACAGGAGCAGCAGGAAAAGUCCGGUUCGAGAGCAAACGUCGACACCCUGGUCCAACAACGGAGACUCUAUCCCUCGGCAAUGUUGGUGAUUGAUGACGAUGCUGGUGAAUCUGAGAAAGUGCGUUGAGGUAUUUCGGUUUCAACAACAACGAGACGACAACAACUGCGACAUCACGAGUGACCCCGACAAGAUAUAACGUGAACGGAAUCUCUUACACAUUCCUUCAACAGAUGCAAAACCAAACCAAAGCAAAACAUAAUAUACAAAAAAGGGGCUUCCGAGCCUCUAAACAUG